GGGUGCGUUCGAAUUCGUCAACCUGUUGUCCUGAUACGACGUGGCAAGCGACAAAUCACCACUAUUCUGUGUGUUUUAUCCACGUCUUCGCCAAGAUAAUUGAUUCAGGACGACAGUGGACAACUAGUAUGGCAAACCUUCAUCGAGAACAGGCUUGAAAGGUGGUUAGCAGCCCCAUAUCACACAUGCCGUACGACCAACGGCGUGGCUCGGUUGUUAUUUUGGAUUCUUCUGUCAUGGACAAAUCCGAAAAGUCUUCAAACUGGAUGCUACAGCAUCCAGUGUAUCUCAAGAUGAAGAACCUCGAGGUGGAAGACAAUGAACAAAUCCAUGCUGCUUUCCUUGUUUACAUGGAUCUCACUGAGGUGCGUAAAUGGAAGGAGGUUUCCUGUGUUAAAAGUGAUGAACUCGAGCUCGUACUGUUGGAAGGGAAAGAGAAGGAAGGAUCAGCCAUCCAGUCAGUUUUCCCGCUGCCUGUGCAUCGGUCUUUGACCCACAGAAUUAUUCGACACGUUCUGGACAGAGGAUUUCCUAUGUUGCUGUGUGCUGUGGCCUCGGACUCCACGCUGGUCUACCAAAGGUUGACUGAUGGCUUGGUGACCCCCGACCCACCCGUAGGCCCCUUCCAAGACGUGGGACGCCGGCACCACAGGAAGAGACGACAGCAUCAGUUGGCAUCCGGUGGGAGCCACAAAUGAUCGAGUAUCUGUUUGGACUUUGGUUGGAUUGGAUUUAUCCGCAGUGCCCUCCUAGGAACCUGUUAAGAGGUUACCUCUCAGUUGGCUGGUGACUUUUGAGUUUAUGUAAUCAGAGUUCCUAUGAUCGCUUGCUUAUAUGUUUAUGAUGGUAUAUAAAUUUGCAAAAGUUCCUGCAGUUCAUCCUCCAGGUCACCUCAAAGAUUUUCAUCUGGAUAUAAGUCUGGGCUCUCUUUGAGUCAUUGUCAAGCAAGAAGCUGCGUUAACAUUUCAUAUCCAUGCGUAUAUUCUGCCAAAAGACCAUGUUUAAAAGCACUUUGAGUAUUUAUUUGAGAUCCUUGAUAUUGAGGGUAAGGGGUUACACUCAUUGUCCUCAAUACGAAGACAAUUCAGCUCACUAGUAAAAUAAAGGUGUCUUGUAAUGUUUUUCUACGACUAGUGCCAUUUUUGGACGACUAGUACGACAUUAAGCUGAAAAUCAAGGAUAUUCAAUAAAAUCCAUACUAGUAGGCCAAAAGUGGCACUAGGUGUGGAAAGAACAUUACAAUACCUGUGAGACUCAAAUGGCUUUCCAUACACUGCUAGUAUAUAAUUACACACUACUAGUGCGCAAUGCCAUGCAACUAGUAGGUCUUUUCUAUAACAUGUAUGACAUUUGUGCAUACUGGUAGGACAACUGAAUGUUACUAGUGAGGCGAAAUUGUGCAUUAGUUGACAACUGUGUACUAGUAGAGACAUAAAAUUAUUUUAGUCCAUAGAUAGCCUUUUACUAGUAGUACUAGUAGCACGCAUAUGUCAAAUAGUGUACAGUUUUGCCGCACUAGAAACAUAGUUGUCCUACUAUUGUGCAGAAAUGUCACACAGUAGCAAGAGUCUGUAGCGCUCAGAGCCCUACUGGGUUCUACUAGCAUUUGUUUCAUAUUUUCAGGACCUAAACCAUUUAAUGAUUUAUAGAUCUGUAGCAGAACUUUGAAGUCUAUUCUAAAGCUGACUGGGAGCCAGACUUUAGAAUUGGAGUAAUAUGUUCUGACCUCUUUGUUCUGGUCAGAACCCGAGAUGCAGCGUCCUGAAUGAGUUGCAGCUAUUUAAUGUUAUUUUGGGGGAGUCCAGUAAGAAAACCAUUGCAAUAGUCAAGCCUACUUGAGAUAAAAGCAUGGAUGGGAUGUGAUGGAUUGGCACAUGCAAGACUUCACUCUGGAUAUGUUCUUCAGCUGGUAGAAGGCUCUUUUAGUAAUUGAUUUGCUGUGACUACUGGAAGUCAGGUCGGAAUCUAUAAGCACGGUUUCAGACUUGGUCUUUGGUUAUUAGAGAUACCCCUGGUAUUUACUAACAGUAAACCUCUUUUCUUUACUGCCAAAAACAA